AUGUCUGACCAUCGUCCUCCCCAGCCUCUUCCGAAUCAGCCCGUGACACGUUAUGGUGAUUAUCUGAAUGCUUCACGGGCAGCCCCGUCUCCGCCUGGACCUGGACUGGCACAUGGCAAUGUCCAGUCUGAUUCUCAAGCCAACGGCGCCCCGUAUGUCGGUCCUCAAACUGGCCCUCCGACCCGUCAACAGUUUGGGUAUCCUUCUGGCCUCCACGCACUCCUCCAGCCCACUGAUGCUCUUGGUCUAGGUGACCACGUUGAUCCCAACCCUGGCCCUCGGCUUGGUGUAUCUAAUCAACUGACGAGUCAACUUCGGCUGCCAACCCAGGGAAGCCGCCUGCCCGAGAUCAGUCGAAUCACCUUUCCCAGCAUCAUCCCUAAGCUUGGAACCGACCUCUUGAUGAAUGUCUGGGUCAGGAAGGUACAUGGGAUCCUUCGACGCCUGGGCUUGGACAAUGUCAUCGGCUCGAAUAUUCCUCGUCCAUCUCGCCAAGAUACAACCUACACCAAAUGGAAAUACUGGUCCUUUACCGUGGGACGUUGGCUUCUAGGUCAAGUUGAUACCGGCGUGAUCGGGAACCUCCGGGCUUUCGACCUGGUCACCGAAGAGUCGUUCACCAAAGAACCUCCUUUCUACGCAGAUGACACAUUCAGUCGUAUUCAGAGCUCGGAGCUUUUCCAGGAAAUGGGCUAUGCAUCCAAUGACUUGCACUCUAUCCGCCGUGAGGAUUUUCCCACGGCUGCAUCAUACGUUAUUGCAUGGAUGCAAGCCGUUCAAAUCGCUAGAGAUCUCUCCCUUUCUGUUUCGCCCUUCAUUGCUCUGAUGAAAUUCAAUGCUAUCAGAGAUGAGGUGCCCGAAAGUCGUCAUCUACUGAACGGCAUCCUCUGGGGAGGAAAAGCAGCCCACCAGAUCACCCAUAAUGAAUUUCUUAUGUGUUGCGUGAGACUACUCGCUAUGUGUCAUCGGGCUGAGAGAGAAGCUAGGAUGGGCGCGCAGAAACAACCCUCCGAGGGGCAGACCGUCAACGGACUGACUACUGAGAACCUGGAAGCCGCGAACCUGGCUGCUGAGAACCCAACUGUCGAGAGCCCAGUUGUUGACAAACCGAUGGCUGGAAACUCGGCUGCUGCAAACUCGGCUGCAGACCAAGCCCAACCCGGAACUUUAUCAGCAGCUCCAAUCGUCGACGAGCUCACCUCGAAAAAUGCCGAAGGCCAGGGAGUGCAAAUGAAUCAGCCACAUGCUCCGGUGGACACCACUGAUGAUGUCGCAACUCCGGCUACAAACAAGCCUCUUGACAAGGCCUCCGAGGCAGUCCCACGUAUGGUCCCUCUGCACAAGAGCGGUUUCCAGAAGGGUCUCAGAGAGCAGGAAGCCGUCGCCAGCUCGUCGCGAGCUCACAAGCGCAAGCUUUCUUCCACUUCAAUUGGUGAAAAGCUUGGCUCUGUCGGACCGCAGCUUCCUGUUUAG